GAGCGAGCGAGCGGCGAGAGGAGGCUGAGCGCGCCCCUUCCCGCCCCGCGAUGCUGGCCUGGACGGCGUUCAGCCUGGCCCUGAGCCUGCGGCUGGCGCUGGCGCGGAGCGGCGCCGAACGUGGCCCCCGAGCAUCGGCCCCCCAGGGGGACCUGCUGUUUCUGUUGGACAGCUCGGCCAGCGUGUCUCAUUAUGAGUUUUCCCGAGUUCGGGAGUUUGUGGGGCAGCUGGUGGGCCUGCUGCCCCUGGGCCCCGGGGCUCUGCGUGCCAGCCUGGUGCAUGUGGGCAGCCGCCCGUACACCGAGUUCCCCUUCGGCCAGCACAGCUCAGGUGAGGCUGUCCAGGAUGCCAUACGUACUGCAGCCCAGCGCAUGGGCGACACCAACACUGGCCUGGCGCUGGCGUACGCCAAGGAGCAGCUCUUUGCGGAGGUGGCGGGGGCCCGGCCAGGGGUGCCCAAGGUGCUGGUGUGGGUGACAGACGGCGGCUCCAGCGACCCCGUGGGACCCCCCAUGCAGGAGCUGAAGGAUCUGGGUGUCACUGUCUUCAUCGUCAGCACUGGCCGCGGCAACCUCCUGGAGCUGUCAGCUGCUGCCUCGGCGCCCCCUGAGAAGUACCUACACUUUGUGGAUGUGGAUGACCUACACAUCAUUGCCCAGGAGCUGAGGGCAUCCAUUCUGGACGCGAUGCGGCCGCAGCAGCUCCGCGCCUCUGAGGUCACGUCCAGCGGCUUCCGCCUGGCCUGGCCGCCCCUGCUGACCGCAGACUCCGGCUACUACAUGUUGGAGCUGGCGCCCAGCACUGACCCGGGGACCGUGCGUCGCCAACAGCUGCCGGGGAACGCCACGGGCUGGGCCUGGACCAACCUCGACCCCGACACCGACUACGAGGUGGCGCUGGUGCCCGAGUCCAACGUGCACCUCGUGAGGCCGCAGCACCUGCGGGUGCACACGCUGCCCGGUGAGCUCGGCGCGGAGGGCGGGGCCGCGGGCGCGGGGCGGGGCCAGGACGAGACCCCGCCCCCUCCGCUCACGCGCCCUCCGCCGCCACCCCCAGAGGAGGCGGGGCCGGAGCGCAUCGUUGUCUCGCACGCCCGGCCGCGCAGCCUGCGCGUGAGCUGGGCCCCGGCGCUGGGCCCGGCCGCGGUGCUCGGCUACCACGUGCAGUACGGGCCGCUGCCGGGCGGCGCGGCGCAGCGCGUGGAGGUGCCCGCGGGCCGCAACGGCACGACGCUGCAGGGGCUGGCGCCCGGCACCGCCUACCUGGUGACCGUGACGGCCGCCUUCCGCUCCGGCCGCGAGAGGGCGCUGUCGGCCAAGGCCUGCACCCCCGACGGCCCGCGCAGCCGCGCCCCGCGCCCCCAGCCGCCGGGGGCCGCGGGCCGGGCGCCGUGA